AUGCCCCAGGAGGACGGAGGGUUUUGCCAGGACUCCCGAAACAACUGCAGAAGAACGAGCGAAGUGUAUGGCCAAGCAGGCCAAGCUCAAACUGCUGCCGGCUUUGAGCAGAUCGCAUCAAAUAUUCUCGAAUUUCGCAUGAUUGCAGAGGGGAUGAAGGAUACCGACACACUCUCUCUUGGGAAACACAUUCAGAUAUGCGUCGCACUCCGUGACCAGUCCAGAAACAUUGCCGCUAAACAUCCAAGGAUAGAUGCAGUGACGGUAAAGGCACAACAAUUCAGAAGUAACCAAGAAUACCGGUCAUUUUGGACUCAUCGUCAAUCUGGCAAAGCUUCAACCGCUGUUUUGCACGUAGCAUGA